UUUUUUUUAUUGAUAUCAAAUUGAGCGAUUACUAGUGAUUGAUUAGCUAGGUGAUUGCCAAGCCAACCAUGCUAUAAUGAUUAAGAUUAGUUAGACAUUCACUACUGAGUCAUUCCGUGGGUAAGACGCAAUAAUCCAAAAAGCUAUUCAUUGUUGUAAGGAUUUCAACAUAAGUUUAUACACUAUGGAAAACGAAUCAACGGCUAAAGAAAAUGCUGAUGAACAACAAAUGCAAUCUUCAACACCGGAAAAUUUCCCACAGCUUCGUGGUCAGUCGAACGUGGCAGAAAAUGCUCCCGAUUUAGAGUUACCAGCCGUAACUGAAACAGUAACCGUACAACCUAAAACAUUCGAUAUUGUUUCAACGGAUAAACAUAAAGUGGGACUUACACGCUUCGUGGUAUUUUUAUUCCUCUUUUUCUAUGCGUUCUUUGCUGUACUGUUAAUGGCAAACAAUUCUAGGCUUAAUCACAAAGAUCGUCUACUUAGCCAGAUUGUUGGUCUUAGCAUUGAGGAACGGACCAUGCAACUUAUUUAUGACUUACAAAUUUUAUUCAUGCUUUUAGCAGCAGCUUUAGGUGUGUAUGCAUUAUGGCACAAAAGUUAUCGACUUUUUAUAACGUUUUCGUUAUUUUCAUUCAUCACUAUUAUUUUGACGUUUAUAUCACUAACGUUGUCGAUCAAAUGUUAUAAUCAAAUGGGCAUUAGUAUCGACAAACGAGGCAAUAUGAUCUAUUUAAUAAACAAAAAUAUUCAAUCCUACGAUUGGUUCGACAUUACUAACAGCUCAACGGUUUUCAUCAACAAAUUACAAUUCGAAUAUCGAUGUUGUGGUGGUCAGCAAGGCUAUCGAGACUGGGAAGUACUUCGACCAAAAACUAUUGAUUAUGGUGUAUUCCCUGUCAGUUGUUGUAAACCUCGAUUUGGCCCAGAAUUUCAGUUAGAAUGGUGUAGUUAUGAAUUGGUCGAAAAAAUGCCUGAUUGUCCAACGGCAUUCACUCGACAUUUGAUCGAUAUUCAGAACAUUUUUCAUACGAUGAACCUGUUGAUAUUGGAAUCAUUGCUAUUACAGCUAUUAUCUAUUUCGACAUUUUUGUUUCUUAUAUUCUAUAGUAAAAAACUCUAUUAUUAAUAAAGUUUCCUCUUUUCUUUUUUUUGUUGUAAAAAAAA